UCAUUUCAUCUAACAGCGAGCCAAACAUCCUAGCAAGCAUAUGGCUGCAAAGGGCUUCAAUACGUACCUACACAGUAAGCUAUGGAAUCAUAAAUCACUUGUUCGUCCGUCCGUGACAAUGCUCUGUCACCGUGAAUGAACUUCAAUGUAUGUGAGUCAAUAAAAAAAAAUAGCGAACAGAAUAGAAAAUGAGGUUUCUCCGGAAGACCAAAAAACCCAUCGAUUUGGAAACGUUGGUAGAAGUACCGACGCCACUUCGCUUCGAUUUGUUUCACCGACCGAAGGAUAUCGUUGGAAGCGCCAUAGAAAAUCGUACUUCAAUCGUACCAAUUGCUAACAAGGGACAUCCCUGCUCUGAUUCAAAUCGACGACCUAAGGUGAAUCUGUUUCCGCAGAUAUCAUUGACCGAUGUGAGGGAUAAGGACUUGGAUAACGUGGUGAAUUACAUGUACUCUUCAGACUGGAAAGAGGCUGCAGCUUUCUGUGCCCAAGCUAGCUGCAUUGAUCUACGGGACUGUGACAGGGCAAGGGCUGCACAACGAAAUGAUGUAACCGACACAUUUCCGGAUAGGUUUAGGAAGCGAUCGCUCAAAAAAGCAUAUUUCGACUUGCCUCGAGCUGAAGUCAAUUUAGCCAAGUGGUACAAAUCAGUCGUUGGGUAGAGGAAAUAUUGAAAUAAUGCUUUAAUUAAAUACCUAAAU